AUGUCUGCGACCCAGUUACUAAAUCCGAAGGCGGAGUCGAGGCGGAGAGCUGAGGCUCUCAGAGUGAAUAUCAGCGCCGGAGAAGGUCUCCAAGAUGUCCUCAAGUCAAACCUGGGACCUUCUGGUACCAUAAAGAUGUUGGUGGAUGGAGCAGGAGGGAUUAAGCUCACCAAGGAUGGGAACGUUUUGUUGAGAGAAAUGCAAAUCCAAAAUCCCACUGCCGUCAUGAUUGCGCGAGCUGCUACAGCACAGGACGAUAUUACGGGAGAUGGAACGACGUCAGUGGUUCUCUUGGUUGGUGAACUUCUCAAGCAAGCGGAUAGAUACAUCUCGGAGGGGCUUCACCCACGGGUCAUCACGGACGGCUACGAGAUCGCUAAAAACGAGGCCCUGAAGUUCCUCGACCAGUUCAAGAUCAAUCGAGAAAUCGAUCGUGAACUGCUGUUGUCCGUGGCUCGCACGUCAUUGUCUACGAAGUUGAACCACGCUCUCGCCGAGCAGUUGACCCCUGAUAUUGUUGAUGCUGUUCUGGCCAUCUACAAACCCCCGGCGAAACCAGAUCUUCACAUGAUUGAGAUUAUGAAGAUGCAGCAUCGGACGGCAUCUGACACGCGACUAAUUCGCGGCCUUGCUUUGGACCACGGUGCACGACACCCGGACAUGCCCAAGCGAGUCGAGAAUGCUUACAUCUUGACGUUGAACGUCAGCUUGGAAUAUGAAAAGUCUGAAAUCAACUCGGGUUUCUUUUACUCGAGUGCCGAGCAGAGAGAUAAGCUAGUGGAGAGCGAGCGUCGAUUCGUGGACGCGAAGCUUCAGAAGAUUGUGGAUCUCAAGAAGCAGGUCUGUGGAAAUGAUCCGAAGAAGGGUUUCGUUGUUAUCAAUCAGAAGGGAAUCGAUCCACUCAGCUUAGAUGUUCUCGUCAAGAAUGGAAUCCUCGCCCUCCGUCGGGCCAAGCGAAGGAACAUGGAGCGUCUCCAGCUGGUUUGUGGCGGAGUUGCGCAGAACAGUGUGGACGAUCUCACCCCCGAUGUCCUCGGAUGGGCAGGUCUUGUCUACGAACAGCAGCUCGGAGAGGAGAAGUAUACCUUCAUCGAAGAGGUCAAGGAUCCCAAGUCGGUCACCAUCCUCAUCAAGGGUCCCAACCAGCACACCAUUGCACAGGUCAACGAUGCUGUCCGCGAUGGCUUACGCGCCGUGUACAAUACGAUCGUGGAUCAGAGCGUGGUUCCCGGCGCCGGAUCCUUCCAGGUCGCCUGCGCUGCCCACCUCUCUUCAGAGAACUUCCGCAAGACAGUCAAGGGCAAAGCCAAGUGGGGUGUUGCCGCUUUUGCGGACGCUCUGCUUGUCAUCCCCAAGACACUUGCUGCCAACUCCGGUCACGACAUCCAGGAAUCUAUUGCCAACUUGCAAGAUGAGCAGGCUGAAGGGAACGUGGUUGGCCUGAACCUGGCCACCGGUGAACCUAUGGAUCCCGUGCAGGAGGGAGUCUUCGACUCGUACCGUGUGCUGCGGAACUGCAUUGCGUCUAGCACAGGAAUUGCCUCGAACCUGCUCCUUUGCGACGAGUUGCUGAAGGCCAGGCAGAUGGGCAAACAAAAUGGACCUGGAGGAGCGGAGGAGUAA